AUGCCUAUGGCGGAGACCAAGCGUCAGAAUUCAGUCAAGGCGCCGGCGCAGAAGCAGUCCGGCAACGCCACAGGCUCAGGAAUGGCGGCAGCGGCAGUGCCCUUGGAGGCAGCUUUGAGCGGGGCCAUUGGUGCCCGCGUCCGUAUUACGACCGCUCAACCCACUCAGUCGACCCUGGAAGGUACUCUUUUCACCGCAUGCCCGAUCACCAACCUGGUAGCAAUCAACACAGUCCCUGCGAACAACCCCGGUGAUGCUAAACAAGCGCAAACCGGUAAUUAUCACGUCAUUCCUAUCUCCCGCAUCCAGAACUUCCAGCUUCUUGCGCUAGCCGCGCCCUCAAACUCCAACUCUUCCUCCUUCACAGAUGCGCAACCCACAAUCCAGGCCUUGGACACACGUGCGCUCAAGGCUCGUGAAGCAAAGGCGAUUGGCGAUGCAUUUGACCGCGAAGCACGUCGUGGCAAGGGUGUGACACGGGAGGCUCAAGAGCUGUUCGAUGCUUUCAGUCGCACCAUGCCAGCGCGGUGGAACGGACAUAAUAUAAUUGUCGCUGAUGCUGUCACCAUUGCUGCACCCUAUCGGAUCGAUGAUUGUCGCCCGAUUGUCGAGGGCGACACGGCUGCUCUUGCUAGAGUGCGGAAAGUGCUUGAGAUGGAGCGCAAGAAAAUUGAGCUUCGCAAUGCCAGCGCUACCAUCGGCUCUACUAGCACGUUCUCGCGCAACCCCAGCAGCCCCGGUGACCAGCGCAAGGGUGGCUAA